AAAGAGCUGAAAGACUAAUUCGGCCAUUUAUGUGUAGACAACUGUGCCUUUUGUCCAGUGUUCCUGCAUUAUAGCUUUUAUCGGUUGAUUUUCGUCUUUCCUGAUCGUUUCAAAAUUUUCAAGACCUGCAUUAGAAAUUUUACUCGUCAUUUAUUGAGUGUUUUUUUAUUUUGUGUUAUUUUUAAACCAUUGUCAUGGCUGAUGACAAGGAAAUUAGUCAAGAAAAGGAAAGUGGUCGUACACGGAGAACUAAACAAGACCGUGAAGGGAAAUUUGCAGCCUUUCAAAAGCUAAAAGACUUAAAGGGUACUAAAAACAAAGUUACCUUGACGGAAGUUGAUAAUGUUUAUGAAGAGGUUGAUGAAAGAGAGUACUCCAAACGAGUUCAAAGACGACAAGAAGAUGAUUGGAUUAUUGAUGAUGAUGGAAGUGGAUAUGUUGAAGAUGGUAGGGAAGUGUUUGAUGAUGAUCUGGAUGAUGAUAAUAUGGCCCAAGCCAAAGGAGCAGCCAGGGGUCAUAAGAAGAAGGACUUGUCAAAAGGAGUUCCUGGAAAAAAAAAUAACAUUAAAAAUAUGCUAAUUGGCAUGUCCUCUAAAAACAAAGAGAAAGAUGCCAAAACUAAAGAUGAUGACAUUUUAGGAGACAUCAUGCAAGAACUGAAUUCCACCCCUUCAAAUGCUCCCUUGAGGCAAUCAGUUUCCACUCUUAAAAAGAAGACCAUUACUUCUGGAUCGUUGAUAAGUCGUACACCAACUUCGAUCCCACGGAUAACCAGCACUUCAGUGGCAUCGAGGCUAUUGAAAGCAGAGCCCAAACGUCUGCCUUUUGGCAGAGGGGCAUCCAAUGUAGAAGACAAUACCUACGACUGUGCAUCAAUCGAAGAUUCAAAUUCAUUAUGCGAUGAUAAUCCUUUUAUAAUGGAUGGACCUAUGGACAUCGACCAGUUCGAUUCGCAACCAGAAAUCAAUACGCAAUCAAGUGAAGCCUCAAUUACGACAUCUUAUACUCCCUGUGAAGAAAGUAUUGAUCUUCAAGAACUGAAGCAAACUCCUACCAUCAGCGAAUUCGAUCUUACUUCGGGAUGGGAAACCAUUAAAAAUAACGUUGACGUUAACCAGAGUGUAGCUGUUUUGGAUUUAGGGAGUAAUGAGCUUCCCUUGACUCAAGGGGAAGAUGGAGAACAGUUUUUGCGCAUGUACUGGUUCGAUGCUUACGAAGAUCCGUAUAUGCAACCUGGCACCGUGUUUCUUUUUGGGAAAAUUUUCAUAGAGUCGGCUAAAGCGUAUGUCAGUUGCUGCGUUUCCGUAAAAAAUAUCGAGAAGCAUAUAUAUGUACUUCCACGUGAUACGGUUGUCGAUCAGCGUACUGGCCAGGACACGGGAACUCCGGUUAAUUUUAUGGAUGUAUACGAGGAAUUUAAUACGCGGGUAGCAGAUCGCUACAAAAUUUUGCAGUUCAAAUCACGGCGUGUAUUGAAAAAAUAUGGAUUCGAACCACCGAGCAUUCCUCGCGAGAGCGAAUAUCUUGAAGUGAAAUACUCUGCUGAACAUUCCUUGCCUACGAAUUUGAAAGGUGCAACAUUCAGCCACGUCUUUGGAGCCAAUACUUCGGCAUUGGAAAACUUUUUGUUGGAAAAACGCGUUAAAGGGCCUUGUUGGCUAAACAUCAAGAACCCCCAGAAGGCCAACCCGCAUGUGAGCUGGUGCAAAGUGGAGGCGUUUGUUUCUAACAUGGAUCAAAUUGAGUUAGAUGAUAAAAGAGAAGCGCCGCCUCCAUUGGCUGUAAUGGCGCUUAAUUUGCGCACUGUCGUCAACAAUCGCACUCAGCAAGUGGAAAUUGUCGCCAUCAGUUGUUUGAUACAAAACGAAUUUCAUGUAGACCGUGCUGCUCCUCAACCUCCGUUUCAACAGCAUUUUUGUCUUGUAGGCCGUCCAUCUGAAGAACCUUGGCCACUAGAUCAUCGCGAUACCAUGAAAACGACAAAACUAACGAAAAUAGAACUAGCCGAGAACGAACGAGCCCUGCUUAAUCUUUUUCUGGCCAAAAUUAACAAAAUCGACCCCGAUGUAAUUGUCGGGCACGAUGUAGCUUCCUACGACUUGGACAUACUUCUCCAUCGUUUCACCCAGAACAAAGUAGAUCAGUGGUCUCGUCUGGGCCGACUACGUCGCACCAAUAUGCCUAUGUCUAAGGGUGUCAGUCGCAGUCAUCUUGUCAUGAGUGGGCGUUUGGUGUGUGAUGUGAAGAUUUCGGCAAAAGAACUUAUACGCGCAAGGAGCUACGACCUCGAAACGCUGUGUCAACAGGUUUUACAUUUAAACGGAGUUCGCCCAGAUUUGAGUUCAGAUUCUGUUAAAAAGAUGUACUCGACUUCAACCAGUCUGUUGGGAAUGAUAGCCAUUACUAUGCAAGAUGGCGCGAACACACUAAGAUUGAUGUAUGAAUUAAACGUCCUUCCCUUAGCUUUGCAAAUUACUUCGAUUGCAGGAAACUUGCUUUCUCGAACUCUUCUGGGAGGUCGUUCAGAACGCAACGAGUAUCUAUUGCUCCAUGCAUUUCACGAGAAGGGGUUUAUCGUUCCAGAUAAGCAGGCUUUUAAAAAAUCAAAGAAAGGAGAAGAUUCUGAUCCUGAGGAUGUUUCGACUGAAAAUGCUAAUCGUAGCAAGAAAGGUCGUCGGAAACCAGCCUAUGCUGGUGGUUUGGUUCUGGAUCCCAAGCGAGGUUUCUACGACAAGUUUGUUCUUUUAAUGGACUUCAACUCGCUGUACCCGAGCAUUAUUCAAGAAUUCAAUAUAUGCUUUACCACUGUCGAUCGACAAGUAGCAACUAAAGCAACUGAAGGACAAGAAGAAAUUCUUCCCGACCUACCUGAUCCGACGUUGCCCCUUGGCAUUUUGCCUACUGAAAUUCGAAAGUUGGUUGACAGUCGACGUGAAGUGAAAAAGCUCAUCAACGAUAAGUUAUCUAAGGAUCUUUUACUUCAGUAUGAUAUCAGACAGAAAGCAUUGAAAUUGACGGCAAACAGCAUGUACGGCUGCCUGGGAUUUUCCAAUUCACGUUUUUACGCCAAACCUUUGGCCGCGCUUAUUACAUCCAAAGGACGUGAGAUUCUACUGCAGACUAGGGAUCUUGUCCGUAAAAUGAAUUUGGACGUCAUCUACGGAGACACUGAUUCGUUAAUGAUAGAUUCUAAUUCAGUUGACUAUGAUCAAGUCAUGAAAGUGGGUCUUAAGAUUAAACAGGAAGUCAAUAAGUUGUACAAACACCUUGAGCUCGACAUUGAUGGGGUAUUCCAGCGCUUACUUUUGCUGAAGAAAAAGAAAUACGCAGCCGUUACAGUUUCUCAGGUGAUCCGUGAUAACAAAAAAGAAAUGGUUACUCAACAAGAGGUCAAGGGUCUGGAUAUUGUACGAAGAGACUGGUCGCAGCUUGCUACUCGGGCUGGAAAGUACGCACUGGAACAAAUAUUAGGUGAUUUAUCGGCAGAUGAACGAAUCGCUCGGAUUCAACAAAAUUUAGAAGAUAUUCGUGAUGGAUUUCAGAACGGAACCAUUGAUCUCUCUUUGUUAGAGAUUACCAAACAGCUAACUAAGAAUCCAGAAAAUUACCCCGACGCAAAAAAUCUUUCUCAUGUCCAAGUUGCAAUCAGGACAAAUUCCCGGGGUGGUAAGAAACUUGUACAAGGCGAUACAGUUUCGUUCAUCAUUUGUCAGGACGGAAGCAAUAUGGCCGCCACUCAACGAGCGUAUUCCAUGGAGGAACUCAAGAUGCCAACAAAUGGGCAUUUAAAGCCUGACAUUCAAUAUUAUUUGGCACAACAAGUUCAUCCAGUUGUUUCUCGAUUGUGCGACCUUCUAGAAGGAAUUGACGCUGUUAGAAUUGCUGAAUUCCUUGGCAUCGAUGCUUCUGGAUAUCGAUCGACACAAGCAGCCAGCAACGAAUACGAAACUGGUAGUCCUCCGGUGACUGACGAAGAAAGAUUUCAAUCAUGUGAAAAGUUUUAUUACCAAUGCUCUGACAAGGCUUGUGGUUUUGAAAUGUCGAUGGACAACGUUUUCCGCAAAACGGACGACGGCAACAUCGAGUUUGCGUUGUCUCGGUGUGGAAAUCCCAAUUGCAAGAAGACACCAUUUAGUGCGGAAAAAUUUCUCGUCAACCGUUUGACGCAUACCGUUAGAAAGCACAUUCAACUUUAUUAUGCGGGCUGGUUAGUAUGUGAAGACAGAAGUUGCGCUACAAGAACCAGGCGCAUACCGUUGAAGUCCACAAAUACACAUCCCGUUUGCAUAGGAUGUGGAACCAGCAACAUGGAUCCUGAGUACAAUGAUUUGGAUCUAUACACUCAACUGUGUUACUACCAACACAUGUUUGACGCAUCCAAAGCCAUCAGUCAGCUUCAACCAAGCGAACGAGAUAAAGUCAAAUUGGCGUACAAUAACUCCAUGGAUAAAGCUUAUAAGGCUCUCUUAAAUAAUAUCAAUCAGAUUCUUUUAGAGAGUGGAUAUUCACAGGUAAACCUUGCUGGUCUCUUCUAUGGUCUUAACCGCCCGAAAAAUGAAACAUAAAUAUUUUACUAAUAGAAUGUGACUAGCUAAUUUUUAGUUUCGCUAUAAAAAUAUGAAUGUUUUGAAUAAAUUACGUGUCAUUUUUACA